AUGGCGUGGGCAGAACCUAGGAAAACGGGUAUGCAAUACCGCAGGCUAGGGAAUUCGGGACUCCAUGUCUCGGUUCUUGGUCUCGGAGGAUGGCUCACGUAUGUUCAAUCCGGCUUGAUUCUGGCUACAAUUGCCCAAUUCCCAUAUGCUGACGAGAUUUUUGUAGAUUUGGAGGACACGUUGAAAAUGGUUCGUUUGAGUCUGAUCUCCUAUAAUGCGCCCAAUCUUACGAGGAUAGAAAAAACCAUUGCAUGCAUGAAGCAGGCUUACGACUGCGGUAUUAACUUUUUCGACACCGCUGAGAGCUACGCGGAUGGCCAGUCAGAGAUCGUCAUGGGCCAGGCCAUCAAAAAGCUCGGGUGGAAGCGCAACGACAUUGUCGUGAGCACGAAACUCAAUUGGGGCGGCGCCAAUGGUGAAGUGCUCGUCAACAACCACGGACUCUCCCGCAAGCACAUUGUCGAGGGUCUCCGCUCAUCCCUAGACCGUCUCAACCUUGAAUACGUCGAUAUCGUCUACGCCCACCGGCCCGACCGGCUGACUCCCAUGGAGGAAACAGUCCGCGCCUUCAACCACGUCAUCGAGCGUGGCUGGGCCUUUUACUGGGGAACUUCCGAGUGGUCAGCCGACGAGAUUGCCGAGGCCUGUGGCAUCGCCCGUGAGCUGCGCUUGAUUCCCCCAGUCGUCGAGCAGCCGCAGUAUAACCUGCUAGCGCGCGAGAAGGUCGAGAGCGAGUUCCAGCGCCUUUACAGCCGGUUUGGCCUCGGCCUGACUGUCUUCAGCCCCAUCAAGAUGGGCUUGCUCAGCGGCAAGUACAACGACUCGCCUGAUAAGCCUCCCGCGGGGUCGCGUUUUGCCGAAAGCAACGACAAAUUCAGCAACAUGGUCAGGAAUUCGAUGUAUGGCAAUGAUGAAUGGAGGCAGACUAUUGCCAAGGUGAUCAAGCUCAAGCCCAUUGCCGAGCAACUCGGAAUUACGCAGUCGCAAUUGGCGCUUGCUUGGUGUCUCAAGAAUGAGCACGUUUCGUCGGUUAUCACAGGUGCAUCGAACCCCCAGCAAAUCGUCGAGAACGUCAAGGCGCUGCAGGUUCUCGACAAGUUGACCCCGGAGGUCAUGGCAAACAUUGAUGCUAUUGUGGGCAAGAUUGAGCUUGCCCCGGCGAGACAGGACUGA